CAAGCCCGUAAGAACUUGGGUUAUACUGCCCAGUCCACUCCGUACCUUGUCCCCACCCCUCUCGGUAGGAGAUAUUUUUCCCUUUUCUCAUAAAAUCCGGUCGGAUAAAGCUGUGGGGGGGUAGAAAGUAGAUAUUCCGAAAAGUAUCUAAUUCUGUGGAAAUUCUACUCGUCGUUCUUAAUCAAAGCCAAGAAUCGACUUCAAUCUUCAAUCGGAAAAUACCCCUAAUUUUAUAGGUCGGGAUAAACAUGGAGCCACAACCUUCUCCUCCCAAAGAGAACGCCGAUGCUCCGGCGACGUUUCGUAAGCCUGCUAAUGAUGCAGCCAACAGGAGUUACCGGCGCCGCUCUCCACAAGGUGGAUCUUCUUCUUCCGGAGGAAGUCCUAUAGGUGAACGGAGCUCUAGUCCAGUGCGACACAGAAAAGAUUCUGAAAAAGUUACCGAUGAGCGGAGAAAGAGGGAUGAUGGAAUAGACUUUGAUAGGGAGCUGGGAAGAAGCCAUUAUGGUCAGAGUAGUGUGUCACAUAGGAGUUCUGACCACCGGGGUUCUCGCAGUUAUAGUCGGAAUGAUGAUUAUCAUAGACGUGAUAAGUAUGCUGGUGAUGAUGAUAGAGAUUAUUACCGUUCUCGUUCUGGCCGGGAACCUAGAUCUAACACUUAUUCUGAUCAUUAUAGGCGAGAUAAUGAGUACCGCUCUAGGGACCAUCUGCGGCCUGAUGAGAAACACUCUUGGGAUAAGUCUGAUGUUUUGGGAGAUAAAAACAGAGACAAGGCAAGAGAAAAGGAUUCUGACUACCAAAAACAUGCAGAAAAACGCUCACUGUCUGAUAGACCUGGAUCGGGUAGGAAGCACAAUGAGGAUUCUAGACACAGGGAGAGGAAUAGUCAUAAUGAUGAUAAAGUUGGUUUAGAUGAGAAGAGGGACCAUCGCAGGAGUUCAGGGGAUUAUGAAGGAUCUAGGAGUCACAGGAAUGACUCAACAUCUAGAAAAGCCAGCCGAAAUGAGACUAAGCAAUUUGACACUGAAAAUUACAAAAGAGAGGAAAAGAACUCUGAAGAUUUGGACAGGUACAAUGAUAAGCACCAGAGAGAAACAGGGAAUUCUGAAAUUGAAAAUGGUCAUUCUAAGAAAGAUGAAGAAUCUGCUGCCAAGAAACCUAAGUUGUCUGGCUUUGAUGUUGAUGACAAGCAGUCUUUGGGUUCAAAGCAAGUGGAAGAGUUUGUCAGUCAGGGAUCUGGUGAGCAAGUUUCUCUGACAGAUUCUGAUAUAGAUGCUGCAAAGAUUGCUGCGAUGAAGGCUGCUGAAUUAGUUAAUCGAAAUCUCAUUGGAACUGGGAUCAUGUCUGCUGACCAGAAGAAAAAGCUUUUAUGGGGUAACAAGAAAACCACUGCCAAGGAAGAGGUAACUAAUUUACGCUGCAUUUUUUUUGAGACAUUGAACUUGCCGUGGAUGUGGUGUUGUGUAUCACAAUGAGUGUUAAAGGCGUAAUGGUCAAUUAUUUUAAAUCUUCCUCUCUAUGGUGAAAGCAUAAUCUGUUCUGCAAUUCUUUUUUGUCUUUUUGUUGGUCUCAGUGUGUUAUCCUUCAUUAUCUUGUCCAGUUUGUUUUAUUGCUUUGCCUGUUGAUUUGAAUCAAUGUGUCUUAUGUUAUGCAUAAUGAAACAUUGCCUGAGAGUCUUGGCCUUGUUAUGGGCCCAUAUGUUUCUUUCCUCAUCUGUCUUGUUAAUUACCAUACUUUUUGCUUGUGUCCUUGUACAUCGUUCGAAAAUAGUCCGGUAAUCACUGGGACACGACAAUCUUUGGUGAUCGUGAAAGACAAGAGAAGUUCCAGAAGCUCAUGGUAAUUUCCUCUCCUUGCUUAUUCACCAAUACACACAUGGAAGUAGAAAAUGUAGGGAUGUUUUGUAGUGUUUCUCCAAUUUGUAAUGUUUUCUACAUACUGACACACUUUUAGAGUCUGAGUUUGCAUUGGUGCCUAUGGCCGAUUGUAGGGUGUGAAAGGCGAACUGAAAGCGGAAACCAAGCCCGACACCGAGGAUGUGGAGAAGAAGAGGGAGCAGCUCCAGAUGGAUUUAGAGAGGCAGUACACUGCUGGCUUGCGUCGAAGAGAUGGUCGCACAGUCGGUCUGGGUCUUUAGAUCUUGAUAUGUUAUAUUUCUUCUUCUACAACAUAGUAUCCAGCAGUAUCUUUUUGUGUAUUCAGGUAUUUCCGGAGUUUACUGAUGUUGCACUUACAUACAUCAGUUCUGGUUUAUGUGUUAAAAACUUAAGCAGGAUGAGACGGAUGUUAAUUACGCUUAUUAUUCUCUUCCUAGGUAAUGUUGUUUUGCAAAAUUUUGGGGGUAGUUCAUUCUAUUCAUUACCAGAGCGGCUGGAAUUCCGAAACCCAAUCUAGGCGAUUAUGUUCUAUACUCGUUCGAUAGUCACGAGAUAAAUUUGAGCGUUUCUUUUGUAGACGUGCGAAUAGGAAGAGUAUGUGGAAUGUAGUGUGUUAGAAGUGAACUAAGAAAAUACAUAAGAUAACUAUAUCAUCUAAGCUAAAUUUGAUCAAACGAUCAAUUACAAUGAAAUAUUGAG